ACUAGAGGUAUAUCUUUACAGGUAGUGUUGAAAUACUGAUCAAACAAUACCAGUGCCUAGAGAGACGAUAACCAAUCAGAAGCAUUCAUUUGAUUUGUGAAUUGGAUUGAGAGAACAAGAAGCCACUUGUGAAACCUCAAAGGUUAUAACAGUUGAGAGUUCAUCUUGGAGCAGGCAGGAAUAUAUUUUUGAGCCAACAUGGGACAAUUCAGAGUAACAUUUUAUCUCCCGCUGUGCUGCGUAAUAGGUGCAGUCUUGGCAGGGGGUACGGAUCAUGAAGGUGAACAUGGUGAUGAUGCACACAAACAUUGGGGAUACCAUGGAGAUGUGGGCCCAAAACACUGGCCUGAUUUGGAAAAGGGAGCAGCAUGUGGUAGUGAAUACAAGUACCAGUCCCCAAUCAACGUUGAGUCAGACAAUACAAUCUACAGUCCCCAUUUGAGGAAGUUCUUCACAUGGUAUGACCCACCUAAACCAACAGACAGAAUGAGCCUAAUCAACAAUGGCCAUACAGUGCAAUUAAACAUUGAUGGUGAUUAUUUUGUGACCGGUGGGGGCUUGAUAGGUGUCUAUGAAGCCCUACAGCUUCAUUUCCAUUGGGGGUCCGUAGAUGCCCAGGGUUCGGAGCAUACACUAAAUGGCAAAGCCUUCCCCUUAGAGAUGCACAUCGUGACAUAUAAUACAAAGAAAUACCAGAAUGCGGGAGAGGCACUUGCCUCAAAUGACCACAGUGCUUUGGCUGUAUUGGGGGUGUGGUUUGAGAUGAGUGACACAGAUAAUGAAUAUGUUCAAGCAGUUUUGGAUCACCUUGCCGAUGUUGAAAAUCCAAGUGCUGAUGCUAGCAGCGAAGUGGCAGCUUUUGCUCUGAAGCAUGUUCUACCGAAGGACAUAGAAUCUUUCUAUCGUUACUAUGGUUCCCUAACAACACCUACAUGCAACGAAGUUGUAGAAUGGACUCUCUUCAAAGAAACAGUACCAAUUUCUGAAGGCCAGUUGGUUCAGUUGCGUUCUGUAUUCAGCAAUGAGAUGAAUGAAGACGGUAAUCCUAUAGCAAUGGGUGACAAUUAUCGACCAACGCAGCCGUUAAAUGGACGCAAUGUUCUCCGCAGUUUCUUAACAGAAAAAGAAGCGAAAGAGCAUGGAAGAAAGCCAGUUUUGUAUAAUGUUGAUGGGGCAGCCUCAAACACAGCACUCUCUAUAUCUUUAUUAUUAAGUGUUCUUUUAAUGAAAUUUCUGUUUUGAUAUCUUAACAUAGCAUAGGGUAUAAUAGACUUUGAUCAUAAUGUCUCGAUGGAUUUAUUUUGUUUUGAAACAUACAUAAUGAAAAUAAGGUAAUAAACUGCCGAUAAUAUGGACAUUUACAAAUGUAGCCAAAGGUUUAGUUAUGCAUUAAGCAUUUGCACUAUCACACCCAACAUGAGGGAAUAGGGAACGGGUGGCCCAAGCCUUGAUACCAGACUAUCAAUGGUUUAUACAGAUACGUCAACAUUAUGGACAUUUAUAUACAUAUCAAUGGGUUGCAACUCUCUCAAUAUCCCAAAAUAUGUCUCAAAAUGUAACCUACUUUUAAUAUGAGAAAAUAUAAUACUUGUUAGGGAGAAUAAGUUAAUCUUAUAUAUUCAACUAUUAUAUGCUCUCAGGUCAGUAUAUAUUUCUCUAUAGCAAUGCUGUACAGUAUACCUUCACUUUCCUUGUAAGUGUUUUUACACAUACACUGCCAUCUUCAAAUAUACGAGAUCGGUCAGUCUGUUUUUACAUAGAGCAUCAUUUUGAUCAAAGCUACAGUAUAUUGCAUUAUUAUGUAAAACUUAUCAUCCAUGUAUAUGUUUAUUGUUUAAUAUACUAUGUAAAUUAUAACACCAUAAAUAAGGAUUUUAUAUUUCAACUUACAUUCAUUAUUCUGUAUCAUAGCAUCAGGAAUUGCACAGUCAAGUAUUUAAUGACACUUGAUGUCAAAUG